UUUCUCUAGCAGAGCUUUUGCAUUGCCAUCUGUGAUACUAAUUCUUUACUUGUCACUCUCUCUCUCUCUCUCUCUCUCUCCCUCCCCCCCUCCCUCUCUCCUUUUUGUUCUUCUUCGUUUGAAGAUUUUACCAUGAAGUAUUUUUGUUGAGCUUUGCCCAAUGUGAAGUGAAAAAUUGAAAAUAUUUCAGUUUUCCUUCUAAAGCUCUCUGAUUUGCUUUUAUUUGUUUAUUAGAGAGCUUUCUUCUCAUUCUUGAAGUGCUCUGUUAUGCUGCCUAUACAUACAUGUGCUGUACUUGUGUGUAUGUAUAUGCCUAUAUAUGUUGUUUAAUUUGUAGAAAGACUGAUCACAGAAGUGGGUUAUUGACAUUGUAGAGAUUGGAGCUCAAUGCGAUUCAUUCUUAUUUCAAAGAUGUCGGUUUCAGAAUUCCUUUUUGGCCUAUUUCUCAAGAUUUCUUGAGGGUCUGCCUAUGUUGUGAUCAUUAUAAUUUUUUGGGCAUUUCCUGCAGAGAAAGUAAGUAGAUUCAAUUUUUUGGAAUGACAAAGAUCUGCUUUAGGAAUACUUGAAAGUAAGGUUGGACUUGAACAGAUGACACUUCGAAUGGAAUUUGCACUUCUUUUCAUCAUUGCCUUGGUCCAGAUUCAGCAUACACUUUGCGGUGAACUUUCAAGAACGUCUGAAACAACCAAGUGGACUUGCACCUGUUCUAUUGCACAACAAGCGAAUUUGAACUUUGUCCAGACAAACUGCUCGUCAUCCUGUGAUUGCAGUCCUGCUGCAGGAGGAUCAAGUGAAAGCAGAUGGAAAUGUAUUUGUGCUGCUGAUAAGUUGCCUAGAGUGGUAGGGGAAGAUAGUAAUAGUGGAUGUUUUACGUCAUGCGAUUGCGACACAGGGACUUUAGCUGAGAAGCAGCAUUGGGAGAAGUGGAUUUCAAGCAAAGCAGUUGUGAUAGUUCUCUUACUUUGUGCAUCACUCACAACUCUAGCAUUCGCUGCUUCUUUGUUAUGGUAUAUCUAUCGAAAGGAUAAAUAUCCAGAUCAAUUGCCUCUAUUCUCGUCAGAUGGACAGACUAGCUCCAGCAGUGGUACCAAUUUAAAAAACCUGGGGACUUCUUCAAUGGCUGAAUAUAAAGGUCGUGUGGGUUCAUGCAUGAAACCUUUAAUAGGAUGCAUUCCAAAAACUUCCUUCCCAUUCAGAAGCAAAAUGGGAGCAAUACACGGAACAAUUAUACAAUUUUCAUAUUCUGAACUGGAAAGUGCUACAAACAAAUUCUCUGAAGCUAAUGUGAUUGGAGUUGGAGGAAGCAGCCAUGUCUACCGUGGUCAUCUCAAAAAUGGCCAAAUUGUUGCAAUUAAGCGAAUAAAAACUAAGGCGGGGCCAGAUGCGGAAUAUGUUUUCUUGACCGAGAUAGAAUUGAUAUCAAGACUUCAUCAUUGUCAUGUCGUGCCUUUGCUCGGAUAUUGCUCAGAACACCAAGGAAAGCAUGCUGAGAGGCUGUUAGUUUUUGAGUAUGUGCGUAAUGGUAAUCUCAGGGAGUGUUUGGAUGGGGAUUCAGGGCAAUGUCUGGACUGGGUUACUCGUAUUUCAGUAGCUCUUGGAGCUGCACGUGGCUUGGAAUAUCUUCAUGUAGCAGCUGCACCGAGAAUUUUGCACAGAGAUGUUAAAUCCUCUAACAUUCUUUUGGAUGAGAACUGGAGAGCCAAGAUUACUGAUCUUGGCAUGGCUAAGCACCUAAAUAAUGAUGGGGUUCAAAGUUGUUCCAGUUCUCCAGACAGAAUGCAAGGCACUUUUGGUUACUUUGCACCAGAGUACACAAUUGUAGGAAAAGCUUCCCUGAAAUCCGAUGUUUUCAGUUUUGGUGUGGUUCUUCUAGAACUUAUUACUGGUCGGCAUCCCAUCCACAAGUCUGACAACAAAGGCGAAGAGAGUCUUGUAAUAUGGGCAACACCUCGUCUACAUGACAGUAAGAGAGUGAUUUUGGAGUUAGCAGACCCACGUCUCAAAGGGGCUUUCCCAGAAGAGGAGAUGCAAGUAAUGGCUUACUUGGCGAAGGAGUGUCUAUUAUUGGAUCCUGAUUCUCGACCAACCAUGAGUGAGGUUGUCCAAAUUCUUUCAACUGUUGCACCAGAGAAAUCUAAAAGGAAAAACUUGCAACUACAUUCUUUUCAGGUAAUCUUUGAAACCGACCAUUAUUAAGCCUUUGAUGCUUAUCACGUCUAUCCUGUGAAUAAUAAUUCCAUGUUUGUGUCAUGCAUUGAUCUUCUUUUUUUGCCUUUGAGAUUGUGUAAGUUUUAAUCAAGUCGAGGUGGAAGCCAAAACGGCCUUGGAUGAAAUCAGGCUUUCCCAUUCUUUUAACAUCUAGAAAAUGACGAUUUUGGUUAUAUCUAUUCACUUGAAAGCUGACUUUUGGAAUACAUUGAGAUGCCCCAAAAUGACUGGAAUUCAUCCAUGAUUGAGAAAAGAAACAUUCAUUCUUCUCUUAUGAAUGGAUAAGGAAUAAUGAAAUAUAAGAAGAACAAAAUCUUCAGGCAUUAAUCCA